CCUCUGGGCUCUGACUCUCUGGGAAUCUGUGAUUGCAAGUUCAAGUUGCCAAGUAUUUGGAAAUAGUAUAUAUUGCAUUGUGAGAUUGUGAAUUGAUUUUGUGAAAUUGUGAAUUGCACUAGUUUUUUGAGUUGCUUCCAGUAUUUGUGAUUCAUUUGACAUCUCGAAUUACUCCCACUCCUAGUAGUAAUUGGGUGAUCAGUGAAUGAAUGAUAGCACAAUUGUUUAUGUGGAGAAAGAUAUAUUUUUCAGGUUCAAUAAUGAAGUUAUUAUGCAAUGAUAUCAAAGUAUGAAAACUCGCAAAAAACAAGUGUAAUAUAUAAAUUAUGUCGUUUUUAGUAUUGAUGUACUAUUGUUUUAUUUUUUUAUCGUCAUUAAAUCCCCGACCAAAACCUCGACAUUCGUCGUCAAAAAAUUUUGCCCGCACUGAACUAAAAUCCUGGCUCCGCCCCUGCACAUGGCGUACGUUAGUGUCCACUGGAUAUGGCGUCACUUUGCACCGUCAUUCCGGCCACCCUCUUCCUCCAACCUAUGGCUGUUCCCGCCAAAAACCCUAACGUUCAUGGCACUAUUCUGCGCGCCCGUCGACUCUUAAUCCCAGCAAAAACAUUUUCAAGGGCUCUUAAUGCAACACAACCUCAGAAAUACACCUAUCCUGAACCCAUCCCAGAAUUUGCGGCAGCUGAAACCCGGAAAUUUAAAGCUGAGUUAUUGAAGAAACUGUCCAAGGAAAAAGAAACUUUUGGGAAUGACCUUCAAACUGUUGUCAACGUCUGUUCAGAGGUAAUUAUUGAGAUUUGUUUUUACUUUGCUUAAACAGAAGCCAUGUUU